GGAGCGCGGGUGGCGGGGCAGGCCGCGGGACAGCCGCAGGUGGGGCCUGGAGCAGUGGCUGAACAGGGGCAGCCCGGCAGCCCCGCGCGGGAGCCACGAUGCCCCGCGGGGACUCCGAGCAGGUGCGCUACUGCGCGCGCUUCUCCUACCUUUGGCUCAAGUUCUCGCUCAUCGUCUAUUCCACCGUGUUCUGGUUGAUUGGGGGCCUGGUCCUGUCAGUGGGGAUCUAUGCAGAGGUCGAGCGGCAGAAAUACAAAACCCUGGAGAGCGCCUUCCUGGCCCCGGCCAUCAUCCUCAUCCUCCUGGGGGUAGUCAUGUUCAUUGUCUCCUUCAUCGGGGUGCUGGCUUCCCUCCGGGACAACCUGUGCCUUCUCCAGUCGUUUAUGUACAUCUUGGGGAUCUGCCUCAUAAUGGAGCUUAUCGGCGGCAUAGUGGCUUUGAUCUUCCGGAACCAGACCAUUGACUUCCUGAACGACAACAUUCGGAGAGGAAUUGAGAACUAUUAUGACGACCUGGACUUCAAGAACAUCAUGGACUUUGUUCAGAAGAAGUUCAAGUGCUGCGGCGGGGAGGACUACAGAGACUGGAGCAAAAACCAGUACCAUGACUGCAGCGCCCCCGGGCCCCUGGCCUGCGGGGUGCCCUACACCUGCUGCAUCAGGAACACGACAGAUGUCGUCAACACCAUGUGCGGCUACAAAACAAUCGACAAGGAGCGCCUGAGUGCCCAGAACGUCAUUCACGUGCGGGGCUGCACCAACGCCGUGUUGAUAUGGUUCAUGGACAACUACACUAUCAUGGCAGGUCUCUUACUGGGCAUCCUGCUUCCUCAGUUCUUUGGUGUGUUGCUGACAUUGCUGUACAUCACCCGAGUGGAGGACAUUAUCUUGGAGCACUCGGUCACCGACGGAUUGCUGGGACCUGGUGCCAAGUCCAGCGUGGACACAGCAGGCACUGGGUGCUGUCUGUGCUAUCCCAGUUAGGACUUGGUCGGGCACAGCAGCCUCAGCAGGACUGUACUGCACGGCACACUCCUGUCUACACAAGCCAGACAGAGGAGCUCCAGGUCCCCUGCCCACUUGAGGCGCCGACCAAAGCCCAGGGUGUACGUGCCCGUGUACAGUGUCCGAUGGCCACUCCUCCCAGGGGAUGGCUGAGCCUGCGGAACCCCAGGGGAUAGGGAUAACCCAGCUCCAGUUCUGGGCCCCAAAGAAGGAAGUUCAGGGCACAGGAUGGGCUCAGUUUAUUUUUCACAGUGCCUUGGCCAGUGGUCAUUACGCCCCGCCCCUUCAGGAGCAGUUCUGCGGUGGUUUUCAGGAGAGAGGAGAAAGUGCUGGGUUCAGUCCCAGUCCCACUGAGCCAGAUGUGCGGUUGGACCAUGUCUCAAAUUUCCAGGUGCCUUGAGCCCUCUGUAAGGCUCCUGCAUUGCCCACCUAUUUUCUACGUGGUUUUUUAAAAAAUAACAUUCAUGUUUUGUACACAAUUAACAAGAGUUUCUGGCUACUCAAAACUGGCCACUCCCACUCCCCCUCCCCAGUUCACUCUUCCCUCUGAGUCAGCUCAUUAAUCAAACAAUAAAGAUGUGAUUUUGGGGGGGAUGGUGGUCUUUCAUUUCUAUUAUUUGAAAGUCUCUCGUUGGUGCAGGGGUUGAAGGAGAAGCUGCUCUGGAGUGAAGAUUGGUAUAACUGAGGCCAGGGGGGCAGCAUGGACAGCGCUAGUAUUUCACACACUAGGGGAAACUGAGGCUGAAUGGUAAGGCAUAAAACGCCAUAGGUGGAGAAAUGGUCACACGGAGAAGUAGCUGAGCCCAGGACUCGGGAAGGAGAUCUGCGACGGCAAAUCUACCCGUGUUAUAUAGAAAAUCCUUGGUAGGAAUCCGCAGGUUGUAUCCAGGGACUCACGCCAAGCAAAGCUUGGUGCUGGUCGCCCCCUGCUGGAAAUGGCAGGUCUUGCAGGAAGCGUCAACACAAGCAUGUGUCACUCCCAACCCCGCCUGGGUUCUAGGUUUUCGGGGACGUUCUUAGUAGAUGGGUCAGUAGAAAUAAAAUGAGAAUCUCAGUGGUAUGGGGAAGGGCAGGGGCGGGGCUUUAAAAAGAGCACUACGGCAAUGAGGACAUCAAAGGCCACAUGAGGCCAGGCCUAAACAUCUAGCAUAAAUGGUAAGGCAUCUAAUGCUCGUAGCUGUUUGUAGCCCUUCCUGUUAUCUCAGUUUUGAUGAUAGGAAACAGGCAGAGUGGUUAAGUAACUUGCGGAUGCACGGGACUGCUUAUAUAGCAUCUCUGCUUGAAUUGUGUCUGUCCAUAGACUCUCCUCGGUGUGCGAAACCAGGCUUGACGAGGCUGUGGCUCCCAUGCUAUGGAUGCUUCUGCCCAUCCCCCUUUGGUUGUUGAGAUAGUUGCAUGUAGUCCAAGCUGUGUAGCCAAGGAUGGCCUUAAACUUCAGACUCUCCUGCUUCAUCCUCAUGAAUGCUGGGAUCACAGGCUGGCACCCCCACACCCUGGUUAUGGAAUGCUGGGGCUGGAGGCUCUUUAUAUCCUGGGCCCCACUGAGCCCCUUUGCCUUGGGCAUAGGGCCGACUGUUGAGCCUUCUAGCUCUGGUUGCUCUCAGAAUUCUUCUGUGCCCAGAGGAGAGGGCAGACACCUGUGAGGCACGACUAAUUAAAAACUUAGGGAGAGAAACUAAGGUUCAACCUGAAGAUCCGAAAAGCAAAGCAGCCAGCUACUGGCUCUUCCCUUGACCUCAGUCCGAAAUGGCGAUCCUGCCUCCAGGAAUCUGAGAGUGAGACUGAGUGUUAAGAGAUGUUUCCUGCUGAUUUAUAAUCCUCUCUAGGUCUGGGAUUAAAGGCAUGUACCACCUGGUUUCUGUGGCUACUAGUGUGUCUACUGGGAUUAAAGGUGUGAGUUACCACUACCUGGUCUGUAAGGCUGACCAGUGGGGCUGUUUUACUCUCUGAUCUUCAGGCAGGCUUUAUUUAUUAAAAUACAAUUGAAAUGCCAUUAUACACUCGUGGCACAGUAACAUGGCCAGGACACGCAGAGGGGGUAUGGGACUACUCUGGAGUCUGCUUAUAAAAGCCUGCUACUCCACAGUGCCAGAGCCUGGUGACUCUUAACAACCACCAGGGCUGGAGGUUGUUGCCCUUCCAAGCCUGAGUUCCCCAUGUGCACUCAGACCUCCAAACCUGUCUUGUCCCUCUCAAAAGCGCACAGAGAGAGCUUUGCCAGCCAGUUUCAGAGGUCUUCUCUGCCACGGCCCCUUUCUGUGACUCUAUGUCAAAGAUCCCAGUGUCACCUUGUCUCCCAAGACUAGACCCUAACCCACCCACGCGGGCUUCAGUUUUGAAGAUUUUGGUUUUGUUUUGGAGACACGAUUUCUCUGUGUAGCUCUGGUCAUCCUGGAACUCACUCUGUAGACUAGGUUAGCUUCGAACUCAGAGAUUCACCCGCCUCUGCAUCCUGAGUGCUGGGAGGCACCACCACUGUCUGACAGUUUUAAAGAUUUCCGUUACAAGGAAAAUGCAUUUGGGAAUGCUGACAAUUGCAUUUCAAACCUGGGACAAUGGCUGAGGUGCCUACUUGACCUAUCAAAGCGGCUGCUGGCUGCCAGUUUCUCCCAGUAUUCCUCAGCCCCUACCUGUGACAGGGUCCUCCUGACUUGCAAACUCAGCCUCCUACUCUAAAUUUCUCCAGCCCAGGGCACUGAUUUCAUGUGAAAAUUCCAAAAACUGUCUGGAAACUUCCUUUUAAGGUUUAUGCAAGUGGGUACAAAUUUGCCAAGCAUGGGGGAUGCAUGCCUGAAAUCCAGCACUCAGAAGAUUGAGGCAGGAGGACUGUAUUCAAAAUAAAACACCUCUGUAGUUUUGUCCUGUAUCCCUGCCACCUUUUGCCUUUCCUUCUGUGGGUCAAAAUAAACCUUUUCUUAAAUUUCUUCUCUCAGAUAUGCUGUCAUAGCAAUGAGAAAAGUAACUGAGACGGGACUCCAGUGUUUAAAGAGACAGACAGAAGCAAUGAAAGCAUCAGUGCAAUUUAAGAUAAUAAACACAUUCAUUGCUCUAAAGAACGUUCUGUUACAGGAAUUCUGUCACUGGUCCGCUAACCAAUUGUAGGGAGCAUUUUGGUCUAAGAGGCGGGGUUAGCAUUGGGAAUGGACAGGCAGAGCUGAGGGAUGCAUGGGCCCUAUGUGCCCUUUGGAACAGGGAACAGCAGCAGUGGAGCGGCUGGUGACUCAGCUCAUUCUCCAUUCUGUCUUGUGAUAAUUGUAUUCGGAUUUUGCUGAUAAUAAAUGGUAAUCAUUUGACUUCAUUGAUCAUCAGUGCCCACCGUGGGUCUCUGCUUACAAUUUUCUCCUAAUCCCUUCUUCCUAGCCCUCCCCUGCUCUAGGAAAUUCUUCAGCCAGUAGAUACUAGCCCACUUGGGCAUGGCCUCUUAUACUAUAAGUGCUGAUAUAAAGUGUGUGUGUGCUAGCUCUCUCUUCCAGAUGCUGGAUUAGGUUGCUGU